CCAGAAACAGUCGCGUUUAGCUAGUUGGAGAACAUCAGACAGGCAGGCAUUUAAUUGAUCAUCGAUAGAAACCAGUCAACGACCUCUAGUGAAGCUAGUUAAAACCACAACGUUUAUCUGCGUGUUAUUGUCUUUUGUGUGUCCGUGGCAGACACUCGAAUGACACACUAGUAAAGGCAGACUCUUCGGUAAUACCUGCAGGCUCACAGAUGACAGUGGAAUGGCUCAGUAUUGCAUCAUAUUGAAAAUGUUUAGAAUUGCAUCAACAAGAAGCAUAAUUUCUGAGGUUGCAGCUUGGAGGUGUCUUCAGCGGACAACCACUGCACCGAACUACUCAACAAAACCUCAGCUGUGGUUUCGUUCUCCCUCACUGUCAUUCAGAUCUACUUCCACCAACAGUUUUUUGAGGCUCAGACCCGUCAGCUGGCUUCCCUCAUGUCUCUGCCAUGGGACUUCACAGGGCACUUCAGACAGAGAUGAGAGUAAGAAGGGCUUUAGUUUGGGGGCUCUCUCCAAGGCUCCGAAGCCAGCCCUGUACCUCGGUUUCUCAGGGCUCAUCCCUUUCCUGGCGGCCCCUGUGCUCAUGGCUGCCACACAGUCCUUCUACCCUGAAGUGGCUUAUGCUCAGAUGGUUUACGGAGCCUCCAUCGUCUCCUUCCUCGGAGGUGCCCGCUGGGGUUUCGCCAUCCCUGAAGGUAGUCCUGCUAAGCCUGAUUGGAUGAACUUGGGGAACAGUGUGGUGCCGUCUCUUUUGGCCUGGGUCGCACUGCUCUGUAGGGACAACAUCGCAGAGGGGGCUCUGGUGGUCAUCAUGGGUCUGGGUCUGUCUCUGCACUACGACCUCACGCUGCUGCCCGGUUACCCCGCCUGGUUCAAGGCAAUGAGGACUGUCCUCACUCUGGUCGCCACUUUCUCUCUUGUAGCAACACUGACACUUAAGAAAUUCUGCCCUGAGAAGAGACUCAAAGAACUUCAGAAGUGAUUGAGGAGAAGAGUUUUAACUAUGAGCUUUGUAGAUACGAAUAAAGCAGAUUUAUAUCAACAUGUG